AAAAAACUAGCCACAGUGGAGUUUAGUAAUUUGGAUAAUCUGCAAAAGGACAUUCAAGCAGCUAGAAAUAAAGUAAAGAUUGACCUAAACAAAUCAGGACACAAACCAAAAGCGUGGUGGAACGAGGAGCUAAACAAAUUGUACAGGUUACAACUAGCGAAAAGGAAAAAAGCGAAUACUACAAAUGCAGUGGUGGACUUCGAAAUAGCCUUGAGAGCAAAAGAAGAAUGGAAACAAGCUGUAAAGGAGGCUAAAAACAAGAAUUACAAGGAGAGGGUUGAAGAGCUAAACAAUUGUCCAAACACCAAAGACGCAUGGCGUUUCAUCAGCAAUGUUAAAGGCAACAAACACAAAAACGGUGAUUGGGCCACAGAAGACAAUUUAGAAUACCUGGAAAUGCUAAAGUCGCAAGUAAGAGCCGCAACAACAAUACAAGCAACGCAACCAGAAAAACUCAAUAGCAAAAAGUCGACAGCAGGGGGGGUAGACAAAAUCACCUUUAGCACUCUCAGACAUCUACCUAGGGAAUCCAAAGAAAAACUGCUAAAGGCCUUGGAAUCAAGUUACCAUAACAACGAAGUCAUUGAGUCGUGGAGGCGAAUCAGAAUUGUUCCUAUUCCCAAAGCAAAUAAAGAAUUGGAUGACUUAAAAAAACUUUAGGCCAAUAUCAUUGAUCUCAGUUGUUGCGAAGAGCCUCAAUAUGCUCAUCAAAGAUGCCCUGGUAGAAGAAGUAGAGUUGCGAAAUAUAAUCCCACAAAAAAGCUUUGCGUACAGAAAACAAAGAUCGUCAUCAAUGUGCUUAAACGAAACCCUGCAUUUUGUAGCUGACAAAAAGAGUAACAACGAAAAAGUUUUUAUUUGCUUCCUAGAUAUAACUGACGCAUACAACGGGGUCGACCUCGAAAUCUUACACCGCACGCUGUUGGAAUAUAACAUAAACCCAAAAAUUGCUAAUUGGACGAAAAACUUCUUCUCCUCGAGAAUACUGACUCUAGGGCCACAUGCGGUGGAAGUCAAUAAUGGACUCCCUCAAGGUAGCUGUUUGUCACCAAUACUUUUCAAUAUUUACACGGCCAAGCUUCACUGUAUAAACGAUAGCAAAACGCAAGUUUUUCAAUUUGCAGAUGACAUAGCAAUAAUUUCGCACUGCAAGUCGGAAAAAGCUGCAAUCCUCAAUUU